GCCGGCGCCACCACGCCGCUCGCCGGACCCCAACACAACACGCACGUCCGCCUGUCGCCGCCGCAGGAGCCCCGCCGGCGAAACUCGAGCACGCGCGCCAGUUCGCUGCUCGUCAAAUCGCCUUUUGUCUCGGCUUCUAACCGGCGGCGCAUCUGCGCUGAGGGCAACGUGUUCGAUGAAAUGCCACCGGCUGGGCUUUUGGCUCGGCGCGUCGUGCGUGGGGGUGCUGAACCGCUGGUGAGGUCUGUGCGUCCUCUCAGAGCGUGGACGCGAUGGCUGCACGGGGGCAGGGAGCCACAGGAAGAAGAGAUCCCGUACGCCGACGUGCCCCGGCCCGGGAGGAAGUGGGAGAGGAAGCCGUACGUGACGCCGAUGAAGGUCCUCAUCCGGAGGGCCAAGGAGGAGAGACAGGCCCGGCAGGAGGCCCCGUGCCGCAUGCUGGAGCACCCACCCGCCAACGGCCUUCUCGUGCCGCACCUCGUCGAGGUUGCGCAUCGGGUGCACAGAGCAAGGGAGAGGCUCCUCAGCGGCCUCGCCAGCCUUGUCAAAGGCGAUGCUGCCAUCCCGGUGAAGCGAUGCAGGUUCUGCUCGGAGGUGCACAUCGGUGACGUCGGGCAUGAGAUCAGGACGUGUGAGGGCCCCAACAGCGCGUCGAGGAACUCCUUGCACGUGUGGCGGCCAGGGACGGUACGGGACGUCCUCGGCUUCCCAUACUGCUACCACCUGUUUGAUCGCGUUGGGAAGCCCAGGGUGGUGCACAAGGAGAAGUACGUCGUCCCGAGGCUCCCGGCCAUCCUGGAGCUAUGCAUCCAGGCCGGUGUCGACGUCGAGCGUUACCCAACCAAGAGGAGGACGAGGCCAGUUUACUCAAUCGACGGCAGGAUUGCAGACUUUGAGCUGGACGAUGAAGACGGCUCCUCAGAAGCAGAAACAUCACCUGAAGCUUGGUCUUAUCCAUCCCCGCCGCCUCAAACGAGUUCUGCUUCUACAGCCUAUGUCGGUAACCGGACAGAAGAAGAGAUCACUGUGAGAGAGAUGAGCUCCAGGACGCUGCAGUCCUGGCUGGAUAUGCGGUCAGGCGCAGCGAGGCUGAUGAGGAAGUACGGUGUGGUCACCUGCGGGUACUGCCCAGAUGUGCAGGUCGGGCCCAAGGGCCACAAGGUGAGGAUGUGCAAGGCGAGCAAGCACCAGCAGCGGGAUGGCCAGCACGCGUGGCAGGAAGCCACAGUAGACGACAUCGUCCCCCUGAACCAUGUCUGGCACGUCCGCGACCCAGCUGGCGACAGUGUGCCUCUCGCGAACGAGCUCAAGAGGUACUAUGGCAAGGCCCCGGCCGUGGUAGAGCUCUGCGUGCGUGCGGGCGCGCCAGUACCGGUGCAGUACAGGAGCAUGAUGCGGCUGGACGUUGUGCCGCCCGCACGCGACGAGUACGACCUCGUUGCCUGAUACUCAGAUUGGCAUUGCGGUGCCUGGUGCUCGUGCAUGUUUUGAGUUCGCCUGCAUGUCGGAGCUGCACAAGGUUGAAAUGGUCAGGAUGCCGAUGCUUUUUUUCUUUUGAGGGUUGCCGAUGCUAUUUCUUCAGGGCAUGUUUGUUUCUUCAGGGCAUGUUUGUUUUUCCUUAGUUUUCAUCUAAGUCUGGGGAGAGAAGUCUGCAUUACCCCCUGAACUUGUCUUAGGGUUUACUUUACAACCCUCAACUUUACUUUGGUUCAAAUUUCACCCUCCAAGUUUCAAAGCCGUUCAUAAUACAACCCUGAGAUGUAUUGAUAUAUUUUAUCUCCGGUUUUGUCAGCCACAU